AUGGCAACCGUAUCCCGAGCAGCGAGCGCCGUGAUGGGACACCAGGAAAUGCACACCACAAACCUGAACUACACAACAUCUGUCCUCUCUCAUCUGUCCUCUCACAUCUGUCCUCUCUCAUCUGUCCUCUCUCAUCUGUCCUCUCUCAUCUGUCCUCUCACAUCUGUCCUCUCUCAUCUGUCCUCUCUCAUCUGUCCUCUCUCAUCUGUCCUCUCACAUCUGUCCUCUCUCAUCUGUCCUCUCACAUCUGUCCUCUCUCAUCCGUCCUCUCUCAUCUGUCCUCUCUCAUCUGUCCUCUCUCAUCUGUCCACAUCUGUCCUCUCACAUCUGUCCUCUCUCAUCUGUCCUCUCUCAUCUGUCCUCUCACAUCUGUCCUCUCUCAUCUGUCCACAUCUGUCCUCUCACAUCUGUCCUCUCUCAUCUGUCCUCUCUCAUCUGUCCUCUCACAUCUGUCCUCUCACAUCUGUCCUCUCACAUCUGUCCUCUCACAUCUGUCCUCUCUCAUCUGUCCUCUCUCAUCUGUCCUCUCACAUCUGUCCUCUCACAUCUGUCCUCUCACAUCUGUCCUCUCACAUCUGUCCUCUCACAUCUGUCCUCUCUCAUCUGUCCUCUCUCAUCUGUCCUCUCACAUCUGUCCACAUCUGUCCUCUCUCAUCUGUCCUCUCACACCUGUCCUCUCACAUCUGUCCUCUCUCAUCUGUCCUCUCUCAUCUGUCCUCUCUCAUCUGUCCUCUCACAUCUGUCCUCUCACAUCUGUCCUCUCACAUCUGUCCUCUCUCAUCUGUCCACAUCUGUCCUCUCUCAUCUGUCCUCUCUCAUCUGUCCUCUCACAUCUGUCCUCUCUCAUCUGUCCUCUCUCCUCUCACAUCUGUCCUCUCUCCUCUCACAUCUGUCCUCUCUGAUCUGUCCUCUCACAUCUGUCCUCUCACAUCUGUCCUCUCUCAUCUGUCCUCUCUCCUCUCACAUCUGUCCUCUCACAUCUGUCCUCUCUGA